AUGGAGGAAGUACAGGAACAAAAACCACCAAGGAUAAUAAACACCCAGGACAGUAGUAUUCUGCCUUUGAGUAACUGUCCACAGCUCCAGUGCCACAGGCACAUUGUUCCAGGGCCUCUGUGGUACUCCUGAUGCCCCUCAGCCACUGUCAAAGAUCCCAGUGGGUGAAGGGGAGGUAAGGAUACUUCUCUCUGAGCUAUAAUGUAUAAGGACAAGAAGCACCAUGUGACCCAUGGAAAGCCUCGCAUCGUCCACUUCCAGUAUGAGGUCACCUAGGUGAAGUCUUCCUGAGAUGCAGCCCUGUCCGUCCAGAGCCUGUUUGUAGAAAUCCCAAAUAGAGUCUCAGCUGAUGGGAGCAAAGAAGGAUUGUUAGCAAUGCCAGAGUUUUCUGAAGAGAAGGUGAAAAUGAACUAUGUCUUCAUGUGCUUCAGGAAGGGCCAGGAAGACAGUCCACUCCUGAAGACCUAGGGCUUUGAGAUUGUGCAUCCAGACCAUUCCUGAGUUCUCUCUGGGCCAUAUGUGAUGUUCAUGGUUUCCCUGGACCAGAACUUGUCUGAUGAGGAUUAA